AUGGCUCGGUUCCUUCUUUAUGAGAAUCAGAUUUCUGUUUUGAUUCCACCAGAAAUGGGAAACCUUACCAGUUUGGUUCAACUUUACAUGAAUACCAACAAUCUAUCAGGUCCAAUCCCUUCCACCUUUGGGGAAUUGAAAAAACUAACAGUGUUGUAUAUGUUCCACAAUCAACUUUCUGGAUCAAUUCCCCUGGAAAUUGGAAACAUGAAGUCGCUCACCGCGCUAAGCCUUUAUGCAAACAAUCUUUCUGGCCAAGUUCCUGCAACACUAGGUGGUCUAACAAAUCUGGAACUUCUUCAUCUCUAUGAAAAUAAGCUCUCAGGCCCCAUUCUUGAUGAGCUGGCAAACUUGACGUCUAUGGUUGAUCUAGAGUUGAGUGAAAAUCAACUUAACGGUUCUAUCCCUUCUUCCUUGAGUAAUCUGAAAAUGUUAGAACGGUUGUACCUUCGUGAUAACCAACUCUCAGGGACAAUUCCUGAACAGAUAGCUAGUCUCCCUAACCUAUCUUUGCUUCAACUAGAAAGCAACCAGUUGAUUGGCCAAUUGCCCCAAACCAUUUGCCAAAAUGAAAAGCUUCAGAACUUCACCGUCUCCAACAACAGUCUUGAUGGCCCAAUACCCAAAAGCAUUAAAGAUUGCAAAAGCUUUGUCCGAGUUCGUCUGGAGGGAAACCAAUUCACUGGAAAUGUAUUUGAAGAUUUUGGAGUCUAUCCGCAACUCCAAUAUAUAGAUCUAAGCCCCAAUAACUUCUACGGGGAAAUAUCAUCCAACUGGGGAGAGUGUCCAAAUUUAAGAACUCUCACGAUGGCAGGCAACAACAUUAGUGGUACAAUUCGACCAGAAAUUGGAAAUGCAACUCAGCUACAAGCACUUAAUCUUUCCUCUAAUAAAUUAUCUGGAAGGAUUCCCAUGGAGUUUGGAAAGUUGGAUUUGCUGAAGGUUAUUUUAAACGACAAUCAGCUAUCCGGUGGUAUACCUUCAGAAUUUGGAUUGUUAGCUGAUCUCGAGUAUCUGGACCUUUCAGCAAACAAGUUGAACCAAUCAAUUCCUGAAAACAUCGGGAACUUGCCUAAACUCAUCUACUUGAAUUUGAGCCGCAACGAGUUCAGCCAAAAAAUUCCAAUUCGGUUGGCGAAGUUGACUCACUUGUCGGAGUUGGAUUUAAGCAGGAACUUGCUCAAAGGUGAGAUACCAUCAGCACUGAGCAGUCUAGAAAGCUUGGAGGUGCUAAAUCUCUCCCAUAAUAAUCUGUCUGGUUCUAUUCCAGAUAGUUUUGGAGGGAUGAUUGGUUUAUUGACCAUCGACGUAUCCUACAACGAAUUGGAAGGUCCAAUUCCUUCCAACAAAGCAUUUCAAAAUGCUUCCAUAGAAGCAUUUCAGGGGAACAAAGGCUUGUGCUGGGAUGUUCCAGGACUGUAA